UUUAUCUAUGGUCAAAGUCAAAAUCAUUAUCUAUGGUCAAAAUCUUUAGAUAAGAGAUUAGUGUAUAGUGUAUCGUAAGUAUAUAUCUCCAAUCACACGACUAAAUGAAGUGACCUGCGGUCCUACGCAACAAUGUUGCAAGUUUCUUGAAGACUACGCUUUUCGAGUUAAAACUGUAAUAAUAAUAUAGUUGGAAACCUUUUCAUGGCAGCGAGAAUGAUGGAUAUUAAUGAAACAGAGAAGCCACUUAGCGACACAACGGAAGAUACGAAUGCAGAUAUUGAAGAAGAAGAAAUCUGUUUUCAGGACAUUGUUCUUCUCGAAGAACAUGGAAUUUCUAUUCAAGACAUAAGAAAGCUACAAGCUGCGGGCAUAAAUACUAUUAAAGGUGCCCAAAUGACUAUUACAAAGAAACUCUGCGAAAUAAUCGGUUCGAAUGACGAAAAAGUGGCAAAAAUAAAAGAAGCUUGCACAAAGAUCUCAUUGCCAAACUGUUUUAUAACAGCAUCAGAAUUUUCAGAUCAACGAAAACAUUUAUUUAAAUUAAGUACCGGAAGUAAUGCGUUGGAUAAAUUAUUAGGUGGUGGUGUCGAAUCGAUGUCCAUAACGGAAGUAUUUGGGGAAUUUAGAGCCGGAAAAACUCAACUUUCGCAUACUUUAUGUGUCACUGCGCAAAUGCCAGGUUCAAAUGGAUAUUUGGGCGGAAAAGUGAUUUUUAUCGAUACAGAACACACCUUUCGCCCGGAAAGGCUUCGAACAAUUGCGGACCGUUUUAAUUUGGACCCGCUUGUAGUUCAAGACAACAUCCUCUACGCACGCGCCUAUAAUUCAGAGCACCAGUUCGAACUUUUGAAUAACGUAGCGGCAAAGUUCCACGAAGAAGCGGGAGUUUUUAAACUUCUCAUUAUCGAUUCGAUCAUGGCCCUGUUUCGAGUCGAUUAUUCAGGCAGGGGAGAAAUAGCAGACAGACAACAGAAACUGGGACAAAUGUUGUCUCGUUUGCAGAAAAUUAGUGAGGAAUAUAACGUGGCUGUUUUUAUCACAAAUCAGAUAACGACAGAUCUGACGACAACACAACAAGACGUGGUGUUGAAACCGAUCGGUGGAAAUAUUUUGGCUCACGCAUCCACAACAAGAGUUGCGUUCCUGAAAGCCGAAGGCGAAAAGAGAAUCGCAAAAUUAUACGACAGUCCCGAUUUGGCCGAAAACCAGGUCAUGUUUUCUAUCACUUCCGGUGGAAUUGCCGAUGUUAACGACUAGGAAGAGAAAAGAACAAAAUCUUGUGCCCUUUUGAUUAUUUUAUCAUAGUUGUAAGUUGAUUUAAAUAGAAAUAGUUUUUUCGCCUACAAAGUUAACGUACUUAUUACAAAAGUGUAAUUAAAAGUACUUGAGUUGCGGUGCGCUGCUGCCUUGGCCCUCGUUACGAUCUGCAUUCAAGUACCAUUUUCAAGCAGCAGACCGCAAAGCACGUAGCCCUAUAUGUUCUCAGAUUGUAAUUGAUAACAUUUCAAAAAAAAUAUAUAAAA